ACCCGGCACGGAGCAGUGCAGGCUGGACGAGAGCGCACCAUGGCCUUGGUGACCUUUGAGGACGUGGCUGUGUGCUUCACCCAAGAAGAGUGGGCUUUGCUGGAUCCUUCCCAGAAGAUUCUCUAUGGAGAUGUGAUGCUGGAGACCUAUAGGAAUCUGACUUCUAUAGGCAUAAACUGGGAAUGCUGGGAUUUGGAAGCUUAUUUCAGAAGUCUAGAGAGAAAUCUGAGAGUCCAGGUGGUAAAGACAGACUGUGAAGUUACAAACAAUGGCCCAUGUGGAGAAAUAGCUGCCCAGCCAAAGCUUUCUGAAUGUCACACCAUCAGUCAGUCAUCCCUGAAGAGAUAUACUACAUCCAACUCUAAAUACAGACCUUGUGACUAUCAGAAAUUUGUAAAGAAAUACUAUGAAUGUAAAAUAUGUGAUAAAGCCUUUACGUGCCUCAGCUCCCUUAAAAUACAUAAAAAGACCCACGCUGGAGAGAAACCAUAUAAGUGUAAGUAUUGUGAGAAAGCCUUCAGUUACCACUACUGUGCGGAAAGGCACAUGCUAACUCACAGUGCAGACAGGCACAAAUGCAAGCUAUGCAGAGAAGCAUUCCCUACUGCUGUCGCCCUUAGGGAGCAUAAAACAAUUCACUCCGGAGAGAUACCUGAAUGUAAGCAAUGUGGAAGAAUGUUCUGGACUUCCAGUUCCCUAGACAUGCAUAAAAGGCUUCAUACAACAGAAAAGCUUUAUGAAUGUAAACACUGCGGGAAAGCCUUCAUAAGGUACUGUUCUUUUCAACUGCAUAAAAGGACGCACACUGGGGAGAAGCCUUAUGAGUGUAAGCAGUGUGGGAAAACCUUCAGACAUUCCAGCCAUGUUCAAGCACAUAAGAGAAUUCACACUGGAGAGAAACCUUAUGAAUGUAUACAGUGCGGGAAGACAUUCACUUCUGGCCACUGUGCAAGAAGACACCUAGGGACGCACAGUGGAGCCUGGCCUUACAAAUGUGAGGUGUGUGGGAAAGCUUAUCCCUAUGUGUAUUCCCUUCGAAACCACAUAAAAAGCCACAACGAAGAAAAACUUUAUGAAUGUAAACAAUGUGGGAAAGCCUUUAAAUACAUUUCUUCCUUACGCAACCAUGAGACCACUCACACUGGAGAGAAGCCUUAUGAAUGUAAAGAAUGUGGGAAAGCCUUUAGUUGUUCCAGUUACAUUCAGAAUCACAUGAGAACACACAAAAGGCAGUCCUAUGAGUGUAAGGAGUGUGGUAAGGUGUUCUCGUAUUCCAAAAGUCUUCGGAGACACAUGACUACACACAGUUAAUUGGAGAGGGAUAGUUUUAAGUAUAACUUAAAUACAUAUAUAGAAGAGAUCCAAACAUUCCAGCGCCUCAUUAAAAAAAAAAAAAAAAAAAAAAGACAGUGGAAAACGAGCCUGUGAAUGCAGCAUGUGUGCUGAAGUCUCAGUACAUGCCACAGUUCGAUGUGCCUCGGGAAGUAUUAUGUGUGCAAACCACCACAGACCCAAGCUCUAAACAGGAAAUAACUGGGCUUUUCCCAAGGUAACAGAUGUUUUCAAACCCAUGAAGUGAGUCCCCAAAUCUCAUGAACCUAAGAAGUAGAAAGCCUCCUGAUGCCUGUGCUGCCUAGAUGCCACCAUGGGAAACAUGACUGUCCUGUGGUUUCUCUCAGUUGCUCACUGCUAAAUGUGUCGGGAUAUUGUGGAUUUCUGAUUCUUAGUCAUAGUUCUGUUGGUAUUUUUGGGUUUAGCUUUGUUUAUUCUACAAUUUCAAAUGUGUAUGCUGUCUUGAUUAUAUCUACCCCAAGUCACCCCGACACCUCUCAACAUGUCUCCCUUCCACCUUCGUGUCCGUUCCCUACCCCGUCCCUUCUUCUUUUUCUGUAACUCAUUCUCUGGUGCAUGUAGCCAAAGCUUCCGUGUGUUGAAGAAUGAAACAGCUGUACCCUGUCCAGGGACAUCACACUCCCAAUCCUUGGAUCCUACAUCUUUCAACCCCUUUGUGGGUUUUAAGCAAUCACUUCCUGGUAGUUUUAGUAUCUGUUUAUUGGGAGCAGAGUGAGUCGUGCUGAAAUACCCAUGUUCCAUGUUCAUCUGAACCUACCAGGUUCCAGUUCAGUCUCCAAUCUAAGUGGGACCUUAGUUGUCGCCAAGAUUCCCAGGCUGUGUGUGUAUUCAAUGGGAAUAUUUUUUCCUUGUCAACAAAAUUUUAUUUAUUGCGUCUUAACAAAGUUAGAUCCUAUAAGUAAAUUGAAAUGUAUUUCAAGGGCUGGCAAGAUGGCUUAGUAGAUUAAGGUGCUUGCUGCCUACCCUGAUGACUUGAGUUCAAGUCCUAGAAAAGGUGAAAAAGACCGACUCCUUUAAGUUGCCUUCUGACCUCCACACAUGCCAUG